AUGACGACGAGGAAGAGGAGACGAGACGACAGACGCGGCGCCCUCGUUGCCUCCGUCCGCCUCUUCCUCCUCCUUCUCCUACCCUCUGCCGCUUCGUCGUCCUCCGCCUCCUCCAGCUCCCUUCGGCAGCAGAGCAAGAUCAUCACCCAUCUCCCCGGCUUCGACGGCCCGCUCCCCUUCCAGCUCCAAACGGGGUACGUCGAAGUGGACGAGAGCAAUGGCGUCCACCUCUUCUACUACUUCAUCAGGUCGGAGAGGAACCCGGCGGAGGACCCCGUCAUGAUCUGGCUGACCGGCGGGCCAGGGUGCUCCGCCUUCUCCGGCCUUGUCUAUGAGAUUGGCCCUCUGAGUUUUGAUCGUCGCACCGACGUCAAUGGCUUUCCCAAGUUGAUCUACAAACCAGACUCAUGGACCAAGGUGAGCAAUAUCAUCUUCAUCGAUUCCCCCGUUGGAACCGGCUUCUCGUACUCCAAAACAGAGCAAGGAUACAAAUCAAGUGAUACCCAAGUCGUCACCCAAAUUGUCAUCUUCAUCAGGAAGUGGUUUGAUGAGCACCCAGAGUUCAUGUCGAAUCCUUUCUACGUUGCCGGUGAUUCCUACUGUGGUAUUACUGUGCCAGGCAUCACCCUUGGAAUAGCUAAAGGGAUAGAAGAUGGCAGUGGAUCAGCUCUCAAUCUAAAGGGCUACCUUGUGGGGAAUCCAGUCACAGCUUAUUGGUACUACGAUAAUCCAGCUAAAAUUCCAUUUGCACACGGGAAGGGUCUCAUAUCUGACGAAAUGUACCAGGAGUACAAGGAGAGCUGCAGUGCAUGGGAAUUCAGCCCGGAGUGCACAAAAAGUCAUGCUGCCAUCGACGAGUGUGUCAAGGAUAUAUGCCCAAACCACAUCCUGGAGCCCCUGUGCGCUUUCGCGAGCCCGCACCCAUACAAUCUGAAACUGAAUUCAAGCGCACGAGAGAUGCUCCAGCUGCAGGAGGACUACACUGCCAGGGCCGGGCUUCAGCUGUCUGAGAUUUCUACAGAGUGUAGAACCGCGGAAUAUGCGAUGUCCAUGAUAUGGGCGAACAAUGACACUGUCAGAGAGGCUCUUGGUGUCCACAAAGGAACGGUUUCUUCAUGGCUAAGAUGCAACUUCGACAUACGGUACACCAACGAUAUUUUCAGCUCGGUGGAGCACCAUCUGGAUGUGACCACCAGAGGCUACAGGAGCCUGAUCUACAGCGGCGAUCAUGACAUGAUUGUACCUUCCAUCGGCACGCAGGCCUGGAUCAGGUCUCUGAACUUCUCCGUUGUGGAUGAGUGGAGACCGUGGUAUGUCGAUGCACAAGUUGCAGGAUAUACAAGGUCAUACUCAAAUAACCUCACCUUCGCAACUGUCAAGGGCGGUGGACAUACUGCUCCGGAGUACAUGCCAAAGCAAUGCCUUGCUAUGUUUGCAAGGUGGCUUUCUGGUGAGCCUCUUUGA